GAUUUGCACCUCAAAAAUUAUUUAUCACUAAUAAUACACCAUGGACUCUGGCGAUAACGAGGUGGUAGUCGAUUUUCCUCAUCUCAUCCGUGUCUACAAAAACGGCCGUGUUGAGCGGUUGUUCGGUUCACCGAUCGUUCCGCCGUCGCCGGGAGAUCCUGCCACCGGCGUCUCCUCAAAAGACAUAGACAUUUCGCCGGAAUUCAAAGCUAGAAUUUACCUCCCAAAGCUCACAAACUCCACCGACCAAAAACUCCCAAUCUUAGUCUACUAUCAUUGCGGCGCAUUCUGUCUCGAAUCCGCCUUCUCUUUCCUCGACCACCGUUACCUUAACCGCAUAGUCGCCGAAUCUAAUGUAAUCGCCGUUUCAGUUGAAUACCGUCUUGCCCCGGAAAACCCAUUUCCGGUAGCGUAUGAAGACUCUUGGGCCGCUCUUCAAUGGGUCGGAUCCCAUGUUGAAGCAAAACCCGGGUUCGAAAAGGAACCUUGGUUAGUUAACCAUGGCGAUUUCGAGAAGGUACUAAUCGGAGGCGAUAGUGCGGGAGGUAACAUAGUUCAUAAUCUAUCUCUCAGAUCUGGAUCUGAAAGCUUAAAUGGUGGAAUCAAAAUCCUGGGUUCAUUACUCUGUUUUCCAUACUUUUUAACAUCAAUUGAUUUUAAAGAAGACAGUUUACCCAGUCAGCUUUGGGGGUUUGUAAACCCAUCAACUAAAGACGGAGUUGAUGAUCCAAACAUUAAUCCGUUUGUUGAAAAAGCUCAAAGUUUAUCAACAUUGGGUUGUUCAAAGAUUUUAGUUUGUGUUGCAGAGAAAGAUGAGCUGAGAAAUAUUGGGAUUAAGUAUGUUGAAGCAGUGAAGAACAGUGAAUGGAAAGGGGAAAUUGAAUUGAUUGAUGUUGAAGGUGAAGAUCAUUGCUUUCAGAUUUUUGAUACUGAAACUGAAAAAGCCAAAAUUCUGAUUAAGGAAAUAGCUAGUUUUAUCAAAAAGAGCUGUGUGUGACUGUUCUUGGCGAUGAACAUUUUGGGAAAUGUUAAGAAAAUGAUCAUAUCGAAGUUUAUUAUAGUUACGUAAACUUUUUUUUUUUUUAGUAACUAUGGUAUGUUAUCUAAGUUUGGAAUAUUCUAUCGAAGUAUAUUAUAGUUAUGUAUCCUUUUUUUUAGUAAUUGUUGUAUGUUAUCUAAGUUUGGAAUAAAUUACUCUAUUGAAGAA